AUGGUUAAAAAUAAUCAUCAAGAGGAUGCAAACUCUUUGAGAAACCAUGUCAAAGUUUCAGAAAUCACAUCUCAUGAUCGCAGGAGUAAUCUGACCCCAACUAAAAGAACAAUUGCAACUCCUUCCAAGUUUAACUCGCAGAUUGCACUGUCUCCAUCAUUAUUGGAGUCGAGAAUCGCCUCUCCUAGAAAACACAAACUAGGAAUCAGCUCACCAAAGAAGACUCCAGCGAAGAAAAGGAUUGCUCCAUCGGCAGCGAAACCUUCGUUAGUUGAUCCAGACUUUAAUCCUCUGGAGGAGACACAGAGAAUCCUGAGGUUGAGAAUUUCCCAAGUCAACAAACCACCCGUCAUCAGCGGCUAUGAGAAAGAACGGAAGCAGCUGUAUGAUCUCAUGAAAAGAACUGCAACAACUGGAGAAAGUAAUUCUCUACUGUUGAUAGGACCCAGGGGCUGUGGAAAAUCUAUGCUAAUACAGAGGGUUGUGGAAGAUUUGCAUUCAGAUGUGGCAGUUAAAGAGAAUGUUCAGUUAGUACAGUUGACAGGUUUGUUGCAGACGGAUGACAAGCUGGCCUUACGAGAGAUCACCAGACAGCUCAAGCUAGAGAACACAGUUGGGGACAGAGUCUUUAGAUCGUUCGCAGAAACACUGCAGUUUUUAAUAGAAGCUUUGAAAAAGGGGGACCAGGCCAGCAAGCCGAUUGUGUUUAUUCUUGACGAAUUUGACCUCUUCGCUCAGCACAAAAAUCAGACCCUGCUGUACAACCUGUUUGAUGUGUCCCAGUCUGCCCAGACGCCAAUCUGUGUUAUAGGGGUCACAUGUAGACUGGAUGUGGUAGAGUUGUUGGAGAAGAGGGUGAAGUCUCGGUUUUCCCACCGCCAACUGUAUCUGUUUAACAAGUUGACCUUGAGCCAAUAUCGCGACCUAUGCAGGUCCUAUCUGACUUUGUGCUCAGAUUUUCCAGACCAGGAUUUUGCGGACACUUGGAAUAAAAACAUUCAGUGCCUACUUGGAGAAGUGUCAGUCAAAGACAUCUUGGAAAGACAAUUCUCAUUAACUAAUGAUGUUCGCGGCCUGAUCACUUUGUUGACGUAUCCCAUAUGCCAAGUGAAUGCUGCACAUCCCAGAGUCACUGCCGCUGAUGUGGUGACCUCAUUUAAACUCAUCUCUACUGAUACAAAGUCAGCUAUGUUACACGGUGUGUCAACUCUAGAAUUGUGCCUCAUUAUUGCCAUGAAACACUUGACGGAUAUCUAUGAUGGAGAACCAUUCAAUUUUGAAAUGGUUUAUAGUGAGUAUCAGAAGUUUGCCCAGAGAAGGUCUGGCAUGCAGGUUUAUGAGAAACCUGUGGUAAUGAAGGCAUACGAACAUCUUCAGACCCUGGAGUUGAUCAAGAGCCAUGCUGGAGGCGGUGGAGCGCAAGUUCAGAAAGAAUACAAGUUGAUGUCUUUGCUUGUUCAUCCCUCACAAAUACUUGAUGCCAUACAGAAGUAUCCAGGCUGCCCUACUGAAAUCAAGCAGUGGGCAUCUCAGAGUAUAUGCUAA